AUGAAGCCUCCACGCUCCGCAGCUCAGUGGGGCUCCAUACUUUUUCUGAAUCUCGACCUCUCGGAUCUUGCUUCCGCUCGCCAUGCCGCUGCCGAGUUUAUGAGAAAAAUUCUUGACGAUGCAGGGACACGAUGGUCAAUUCAGCAUAAAUGUACUCAUACGGUCAAGUCAGAAGGUCUCAUCCACAAAGUGCGCGUUGUGCAUAUGUCUUCAAAUGGGCAUGAGCUAUUGUCAAUGCCUGGGGGCACCGACUGGACGGCACCGAGGCUAGAAAAUGAAGGCGUCGCCGCGCGAAGGAGGCUAGGCCUUUGGAAAUUGUAUGGUAUGAGCAAAUUGAGAAAUGUCUUGUUCUCGGUAUCUCCAAGCGGCACAUGGACGUAUUGUUUUGAGAGCUUUCGCUUUGAUAUUAGGAUCCACACCCUGCGCGAUGGUCUUGAUCUAGCCACUUUCUAA